AUGGAUGCUUCCGCGAAACCCGCGAAACCCGUGAAGCCGCUUAGUCAUCAUACUAACGGCGGGACGGGCAGAUCUGGCGGGAAGGACGGUGAGAAGGGGAGAGUUCCGCGAUUUGCGGAGGAGGUAGAGGAUGAUGAGGACACGUCAUGCAGUAGCGAGUCCGCAAGAGCCGCCGGAUCUUCCGUAGGCUCCUGCGAGAGCACGUGCGUCAGAGUGCCACGUGGCGGGAUGGGGUUUGGCGCGGGAAUCGCGGAGAGCAGCGAGGAGCUGGACGAGUUAAGGCUGGAAGUUGCGGAGCUGAGGCGGCGAGUGGCGAGGCAUGAGGAGGAGGCGAAGAAGUUGCGAGAUGAGGUGCUCUUUCUUCGCGCUUGCGGCUACGAGAUGCACUUAGCUAAGAGCCAGCAGCAGCAGCAGGGGCGUGUUCUCACACCAGCGACCAGCGCCUCGCGCUUACCGUUCCAGGAUGUGGGUAACCUCCCAGCAGCCGUGCCAGGAACUAUCAUAAACACGUUCGGCAAUCCCGAGAAUGCAAUGUCGAGCUUAGAGAUGAUGAUGGGGAUGCGUGUAGCGGGGAUGGCUGAAAGCGCAGAGCUCAGGGGAGCUGGAGGAGGAGGAGGAGCAGGAGUGGUCGGUGAGGGGUCCGCGGUCAAUCUAGUGGCAGCAGGAGCAGAAGCAGGGAAGGCAGAGCGCGGAGGGGAGCAGCACGCGCAGGGGCAGAAGGAGAAUAGGGAGAACAGGGAGAAUAGGCACCCUGGGAAUGGGUUCGCGAGUGCUCCGCAGCCGUCCCCUGCACCACUCCCAAUGCCGUUAAGGGGAGGCAGUGGAAGGGAGAACGGUUCGAAUGGGUUGGGCGGUUUGAACGGUUUGCAGGAACGAGCCAGUCCGCAUGGAACGGGUGAUGUGCGGGAGAGAGGUGUGCAGGACAGGGGGAGCGCAGGCGUGCGGGAUGCGAGGGGUAACACGAGUGGUGGUGACGGGUUGUCCGUUCUGCCCCCCCUGUGGGCGUCUGAUUCCCCUUCUAAAGAGAACAGUCACAGGGAGGGUGCCGGGGCACGUGGAGAAGCUGAUGUGGCGGUGGUGCCAGCAGCUCUUGCCUCUCCUCGUCCCGCUGCCACGUCAGCAUGCCCUGUGCUGCCAGCUCGGCCUGCCACGCCAGCAGCAGCCGUCGCGCGGCCGCCGGUGUACAGCGGGCGAGCGAGUCUGGAGAAGAUGCGGCCCCCGCCUAUAAAGGGGAUGCCGCUGCCGUGGGAGUCGGUUGAUGACGUGGCGAAUCUGCAGGCUGGGAUUGGCCGACAGGCUGAUGGAAGAGGUGGUGGUGUAUCGGCAGCUGCUACUGCUGCUGCUGCUGCUGCCAGGAAGGAGGUAACGGCGUAUACAGGAGGAGAAGGGGUGGGAGAGCAGGGGAAGGGAGCAGUACAAGGGGAGGAGGAUGGCCAGGGUGUUGGCAGGGGUGUGGAGGCUGGGACGACUGUGGCGGGAGGUGUGGGGCUGGCAAGAUCAAGUUCGGGAGGCAGUGCGGUGAAGAGGAGGGCGGGACCUGCUUUGGUGUGGCGAGAGCUGAAGCUGCAUCCCACAAAUCCCUUCCUCUCCCCUCCUCCUGCUACAGAGGCCUUGCUCUGGGAAGAGCAUGGCGCUCCCACUCCCAUUGCAGCAUCCGCGUUACAGGUGGGCCCCGUAGAGGCAGCAUCAGCUGCUCCCGAAACAGAGUGCUAUUUGGCUGAGAACCGGCCAAAGCAGCAGCAGCAGCGAGUAACAGCGGGGGUGCAGGUUCACCCGGGAGAGAAAGCUGAGGCGAGGCCGGCAAGGAAGAGUGCAAUGAAGGGCGCUUCUCCUCGCACUGCUGCUAACGCCACACUCCCAGCCGCAAACUCCCCUGCCACGCCUCUCGCUGCCACGGCCCCUGACAUGCCCGCAUCCACGCCCCUGCCACACCCCCCUCCGCUGCGCCUUCCGCUGCUGCCCCCACCACUCCCCUAG